AGGGGAAAGGCGGAACAAGGGGGCACACGAAUGCAAUGCGUGGCAUGGAGGCCUGCGUUCCCAGAUCCCCCGCUCCCACGCAAGCACCCGCACCUACGAAUAGGGCAGCGCAGCGCAGAAGCAAGCCAAGCCAGGGGAUCUGGCCUGGAGGUCAGGCAGGCAGGGAGCCCCGCCGCCCUCGGACCCGGUCGGAUCACCGCCCCUCCUGGCGCGGGGCUGGCAGGUUUCCCGUUUGGUGGCCAAGAGUUGUAGGGGGAACCGGCAAGAUCAAGCAGACACAAAGGGGAGCAGGCCCGAUGGGGCCUUCUCGGAGCGGCCUGGGCGCCGGUGCCCCCUGCCAGGGGCUGUCCUGCGGGGGCCCUGCCGGGGUGUGUGCCCGCCGCCGGCGUCCGGGAGGGGAGCCGGGCCGGCUGGCUGUGCGCGCCCAUCAAUCUGCCGGGCGGGCGCGCGGGCGGGCUGGGGGCUGUUUGUAACUUUGCUGCCUCGGUCGCCGCGGUCCCGGGGGAGCGGGCUCCGGCGCUCGCUCCCAUUGGCCGCCGCCGCGUCAGCUGGUGCGAUUUGCUGCUGUCGCUUUUGGCGUUCGGCCAUCCAGAAACAAACCAGUUCGAUGACUACUAAUAGUUAUAGCCAGAUGUACUAAUACACAACAAAUCACAGUCCUGCAGAGGGGCGCGCAAAUGAGUUCCUAUUUUGUGAAUCCCACUUUUCCCGGGAGCCUGCCCAGCGGCCAGGAGUCCUUCUUGGGCCAGCUGCCCCUCUACCCGGCCAGCUAUGACGCGCUGAGGCCCUUCCCGGCCUCGUAUGGGGCAUCUAGCCUCCCGGACAAGACGUACACCUCACCUUGUUUCUACCAACAGUCCAACUCGGUCCUGGCCUGCAACCGGGCGUCCUACGAGUACGGGGCCUCGUGCUUCUAUUCUGAAAAGGACCUCGGUGGUGCCUCGCCCUCGGGCAGUGGCAAACAGAGGGGCCCUGGGGACUACCUGCACUUUUCUCCCGACCAGCAGUACAAACCCGACAGCAGCAGCGGCGGCGUGCAGGGCAAGGCCCUCCACGACCCGGGCGCAGACCGGAAGUACUCGAGCCCCGUGUACCCCUGGAUGCAGCGGAUGAACUCCUGCGCUGGUGCGGUGUACGGGAGCCACGGGCGCAGAGGCCGCCAGACCUAUACGCGCUACCAGACGCUGGAGCUGGAGAAGGAGUUCCACUUCAACCGCUACCUGACGCGCCGCCGCCGCAUCGAGAUCGCCAAUGCGCUCUGCCUCACAGAGCGCCAGAUCAAGAUCUGGUUCCAGAACCGGAGAAUGAAGUGGAAGAAAGAAAAUAAACUCAUCAAUUCCACGCAGCCCAACGGGGAGGACUCGGAGGCCAAGGCGGGCGAGUAG